CAACAGAACCGUCCCCAUGGGGAGGCGGAGCCCCACCAUUAAACAAAACGCGACAAUCACACUUCACGGGCCCUUCCGAUCCAUGGACCUAGAUUUAAUCCCCUUACAAAGCCCGAAAUCGAAGGGUGUAGAUCUAGUUGGCCCCCGGUCUCUGAUCUUUACCUUCGGUCAUCGCUCCUCUUAGUAACUUUUUGUCGUCGACGUUUUGCUAUCACUUGUGUCUGUUGUCUUCUACCAUGGAUGAGCUCAGUCAAUGGCAUCGUGCCAUGACGACGGUCGUCCUCUUCGGGACUUGGGAGAUGCCCAUAUCCUCGACCACUCUGGCCGACGCUUUCCGCGUCAUAGACGCCGACGAAUUUUUGCAGAAGAUGAUGUAUGCAACCCGACAGUGCGCGUGGACGGCGGAUCUUUACGCCAUCAAGGCAGACGCCAUCUUCACGGUAGACGGCAUACCGCAGUGCACGCCAAUACCUAUGGUGACGGCACCGAAAUCAACGGGCGCGCAACCGCAUCACGCGUGGUACCAAGCAUUUUUAAGAGAAAUGUGGACGAUUUGGAAUCAGACGCCAAGUGUUGUUGUGGUGAAAAUGAUUCUUCCAAUUUCGAUCAUACGGCCGCACGCGGCGGCGACGCCCAUGAACUGCCUGCCGAUUCCGUCCAUGACGAUCCCGUCGACGCCAUCGCCAUUGUCGGAUUCGCAGUAUCUCGCAGAGUCGAAGACCCUUCCCUCGACAGCUGACAUGGCCUUUUACUGAAAACGUGGAUACCCCUCAACCUUGUUUCUGUGGACUAACGAAGAGCAUUACCGGUGGCGUUGGUUUUUUUCUCUUCUCUUCUUUCCUCUCCUUCCGCCUCUUCCUUGAUGAGGCUUAUCUAUUUUUCUGUACGAGUACCGCAAGCUGCUAGGAAUUUACCGAGAGCAUGGCUACGGCAUUGUUUGGCGCAAGGCGUCUACGGAUUGUAUAUUCCUGGUGUACCACUUUAGACUCUGGUCAAAUAUUUGCUAAUUCUCAAGGACAAAUUACGCGGCUGAAUGAGGGCGGGAUGCGUGUAAAGGGUCGUGAAGAAUGCUGUUGUAGUAAAACGUAAU